AAUCGACAAAAGUGGCCGAUUUUGCAGCCCCAGAGCCGCCCGGGAGCUUGCUUUAUUAAUCGUUAUGCGUCGUGUUUGCAAGGCUCAGACCCUAUUCGGCUGUUUGAGAAGCGGAUUAAUGCAGCCAGAGAACCCGGUUAUGAAUUCGACAAGGAUUCAUUAUUGCAAUACAACCACAUGAGCUUCGGAGGACCUCCGGUCACUACACAAUCCAUUGAAGAAGCCGAUGAGCUUUUACGCAGCGAUGAGGAGGAUUCCGCCAUUGAGGCCGAAGUUCUAUCGGCUCCUCCAAAGUUGGUGUAUAGCAAACUUAUUUUGAGUUUCACAAGGAAACUUUUGGUAGCAACCAUGGACAAAUGGGACAUUCAUGUCCUUGUUAUCGAUAAAGUCGCACUCAAUUGGAAGAAUGAGCCUGCUGGUAGAAUUUUGGAGCUUAGUAUUCUUCACUUGGCAAUGUCGGAGAUAACCGUUCUCGGGACCCGGCACCCAAUUGUCAUUAACGAGGCCGUCGAUCUUGCAAAGCGGUUCUGUGAUGGGGCAGCACCACGAGUAAUCAAUGGGUGCCUACGGACGUUUGUGAAGGAUCUUGCUGGAACCAGCCAAGCUCAGGCCUCGAAAUCUAAACAGGAAGUGCCACUUGAAGUAUGACAGCUAGUUCGUUUGAAGCCAUCUUCUGCUUCUCGUCGAUCUCCGAGUUGCCACUUC